UCUCUUCAACAGUAUUGUACUCACCCUUCUGGCUGCACAUCCUGAACUUCUGGAAGAUGAGACAUGAAAAUCACAUCCUCUUUCUCCGGUAUGAGGACAUGACGAAGGACCUGGCGGCAGUAGUGAGGCAAGUGGCAGCUUUUCUAGGAAGAGAUGUGAACGAAGAGCAGGUGUCAUGGCUGACUCAUCACUGCUCCUUCAAGGAAAUGAGCAAGAAUCCAGCAGUAAAUAACGAGACUUUUCUCAUGGCACCCACACAAGAGGCAAAGGAAAUAAAGUUCAUGAGAAAGGGCAAGGUAGGAGACUGGAGGAACCACUUGACUGAGGAGCAGCAAAAGGCUUUCAAACAAUGGACGUUGAAGUAUCUCCAGGGCUCUGACUUUCCUUACUAUCAAGACUACGAAUAAGAUGCAACAAAUCACAUAUUAACCCUCUAGAUAGUCUUAUGUAUACAACAAUUGGAUAAAUUUGUGUUGCGGGUCAUAUUUAUUAACUAAAUCUAAGUUAGCCAUCUAUUACCAAUAUUUAGAUUGUUGCUACAUAAUAAAACAAUGUUAUCAUAAAAUUAAUAUAUGUAGUAAGUGAAUCAAAGCUUCCUGUUCGUUCAGUAUUUUUAAAUAAUUAACAUAAAAUUUAAGGAAAAUUAUCCCAUCCUCUAUAUGAAAACUUCAAGUAUUUCCGUCACCCCAGUCCCAAGAUCCUCAAUGCAGUGUGGCCUAGGUUGGUAAUGCCAUUAAGCAAUAAUUUUAAAGAUUUUAUGAGAAUCAAAAGGCGCCUUCACAUGGAUAUCACACAGCCCAAAUAUAAUUCACACCCUUGAAAGAGGCCUUUUUGGUCUAAUGCACGCUAGCCUCUCAGAAGUUUGAUUGUUAAGCCGACAAAGGUGUGACAGUGAGGCUUUGGUUACAGAGAACUUCUCGUGUUCCCUCCCAGGGGCGUCAUAAGGGAAGGGGGCCGCCCUGGGUGACACCAUCAUGGGGUGACACCACAGAGCGUCUAUAGAAGGUGACAAUAAUGUUCAAAACAAUGCUGAAGCAAAAAAAAAAAUAAAAAAUCCUUUGCUUCUAUAUGGCCUAUUAUGUGAUUACAAAGUACAAAUAGGCCUAUAUAGGGAAAACUAUGAUAAAUCGAUAAUUUUAUUUACGGUAUUUUGGAAAAGCUCUUAAUCCACCUGGCAUCACUGACGUAACAUCCUGUGUCUGCUGCACCGACUACGAGUGAAUUUGGUCCAGGUGGUGGUGCAUAUGUGGCUGGGUUAAACAGACAAAGGGUCAGGUAAUUAUCAUAUUUUGAGCUUUUGCUUAUUAUUCAUGUCAGUCAUGUCAUGAAUCAAUAUAUAUGAACGGGUGAGAACUGACAUUCAUGAAAUGUUGAAAUAACCGUGGCACAUAACUGCCAAUGUUAAUGAAAUUAUGCCUUUUCAGUAUUAUCUGGUUCUCUGCGAUAAAGUACUUUUCCAUUACAUCAUUAUAUUAUGGCUAUCAAUGAGGGAUUUUGUUUAGCUUAGGGAUAGGGUUUGUGGCAGAUCAGUGUUAUAUGCCAUGUAUCUAACGCAAUAUGUAUACUUAGCCUACUGGUGGCUAAAAGCUCUCGCUUCACGGCGGUGUCUGAGUUUGAUUCCCAGCCAGGAAAGAAGCAUUGGGCGUGUUUCUUUACACCAGUUGUCUAUUUUCACUCAUCAGUAAAGUGGGUACCUGGGUGUUAAUCGACUGGUGUGGGUUUUCUAUACAGUCGUAUGUCAUUGAUGUCAACUAGGCCUGUAUACCAAGUAUAUGUACUUGUAGUAAAUAUUUAACCAAGCAUUGUUACCAAUCCUUGUGAGCUAAAGCCUAUAGGGCCGGGAGGCUUACCAAAUAAUGUGGUACACAUUAGUAUUAUAUCCAUAAUGAUUAUUAUAAUUAUUUCCCCAAUUCAUUGGGAAGUAUGCUAAAUUUUCUCCACUUUACCCUCAGUCUGGUUAGAAUCUGAGUUAAAUAUCCAAAUUAGGCUCUAUUAAAAAAAUUAUGCAAUCAUGAGACAACAGUAAUUAUUAGCUAGUUUUAUUUACAUCUGAACCUAAUCCACUUAUUUCCUUUCAUUUCAUCCUCAUUAGGAUAAUGGAACUGGCACCAUUUAUUUGUUUGUCGCCAUUAAAAAUUACCGAAUAUUUAGUAAAACCAAAACGGUGAA